AUGGACGAAACACCGCCAACCAACCUGGCGGACCUGGUCAACGUCACAAGAGGUCCUCGUCGUGCCCGGCAACGACUGCGAUUCGAGCAGCCCCAGCAGACCCCCCAACGGACGACUCGAUCAUCACAGGCUGCGGCUCUUGAAGAAGCCCGGCGAGCUGCCCUGCGAUCAGUUGGUUCUGGAUUUACACCUGAGCCACAACCUUCUUCAACAUCUACACCUGUCCAUCCAAGGGAACAGUCUUCCGCGAUGCCUCUCCCAUGGUAUCUCGCCCAGUCCAAGCCGGGGCCUUGGUCUUUGUUUACUUUCGAAGGCCCUUGUGUCCAUUUCCCCUUUUUGGAGCCCCACCUCGCUUCACUUAGACGCUGGCCCGUCCUUGCACUAUCACUCACACGACCUGAACCGUGGUUCAUGUUGGCCUUGUACUUCCAGACGGCCGAUUUAUCAUGUCUGAAUGUCUUCUUUUACUUUGGCACGACCUUCACCUGUUGA